CCAAAGCUGGCCAAGGCAUCGAAGACCACGCCCGUGCGCAACAUCCCCACGCAAGCAGUCAAGAAGAAAAGCGCCAACCGCAGGAAGAAGUCCAUCACAGACGCAGAGCCUCAGGACAGCCACACGCAGCAACACGCGUAUGUGCCCAAAUACGCACAGCCGCAGCUACACGCACGUGUGCCCAAACACGCACAGCCGCAGCAGAAAAUGAACGUGGUCCAAGGCCAACGGGACG